AUGGACGGACGUGGUGAGCCUAGUGAUAGCCCUCCUGUGUUGGCCGUGGCCGAGGAACGGAAGGAGCUGGCCAAAGAUAAUGCUAGGCUCGAGGCCGAGGUGAAUCAGUUGAGGGCGGCCAACGAGAAACAAGCCAAGCGAAUCAAGGAUUUAGAGUACGAUGUGCUCGAGUGUGAGGAUAGAGUGGAUGACCUCUGCGCUCAACUUAGGGAGGCACGUGAGCGUGAGACUAAGCGAGCUCGGAAGGUUAGGGUUCGAGCCGCGUCGAUCCUGAACCUCUGCGCCGACGUGCUCGAGGAGGUGAGCGACGAGGCGUCGUGCGCAGGGGCGGGGCAGGAGCAACAGGGCCAAAAUCCGAACCCUAAUCUUGGGAACCCUGACAAUCACGCCGAGAGCGACGAUAGGGCUCUUGAGAGAUUCCAGAAGUUCGCCCCACCGAAGUUUAUUGGGGGGCCCGACCCGGAUGUCGCCGAAAGGAUGGACGGACGUGGUGAGCCUAGUGAUAGCCCUCCUGUGUUGGCCGUGGCCGAGGAACGGAAGGAGCUGGCCAAAGAUAAUGCUAGGCUCGAGGCCGAGGUGAAUCAGUUGAGGGCGGCCAACGAGAAACAAGCCAAGCGAAUCAAGGAUUUAGAGUACGAUGUGCUCGAGUGUGAGGAUAGAGUGGAUGACCUCUGCGCUCAACUUAGGGAGGCACGUGAGCGUGAGACUAAGCGAGCUCGGAAGGUUAGGGUUCGAGCCGCGUCGAUCCUGAACCUCUGCGCCGACGUGCUCGAGGAGGUGAGCGACGAGGCGUCGUGCGCAGGGGCGGGGGCAGGAGUGUUGGCCGUGGCCGAGGAACGGAAGGAGCUGGCCAAAGAUAAUGCUAGGCUCGAGGCCGAGGUGAAUCAGUUGAGGGCGGCCAACGAGAAACAAGCCAAGCGAAUCAAGGAUUUAGAGUACGAUGUGCUCGAGUGUGAGGAUAGAGUGGAUGACCUCUGCGCUCAACUUAGGGAGGCACGUGAGCGUGAGACUAAGCGAGCUCGGAAGGUUAGGGUUCGAGCCGCGUCGAUCCUGAACCUCUGCGCCGACGUGCUCGAGGAGGUGAGCGACGAGGCGUCGUGCGCAGGGGCGGGGGCAGGAGGUGCAUCCACCCCGGCGGGUGGAUCCACUAGCCUGACGACGGACUAG